CAAUGUAACUUUAUAAAUUGAAUCUAUUUAGUCUGGAAUACAUAUAUAUACAUAUGUAAAGUGAUAACGAUUGUAAAUUGUGGCAUAUUUUAACUGCUGCUUAAAUGUUGUUACGUAUUCUUUACUUUUUUAAAUCCGUUAUAAGUUAAAAAUCAUAAAAUUGCCGAAAACAAAACUUCUAAGCAGAACUAAAAUCGAAAAUGCAAAACCAACAGACUUCUCAAGGCCAAAACCAACAAUCACAACAACAUUUGUUGCAACAACAACAACUGCAAAACCUAAGCGGCACUGUGGCAAAAUUAAAUGAACAGCAAAGUAUUUCCUCAAUUGGUUUGUUAGAAUUGGCACAUCGUGAAUAUCAAGCCGUGGACUAUGAAAAUGCAGAGAAACAUUGCAUGCAAUUGUGGCGUCAAGAUAGUACAAAUACUGGCGUUCUAUUGUUGUUAUCAUCUAUACAUUUUCAGUGUCGUCGGUUAGAUAAAUCAGCGCAAUUUUCAACAUUGGCUAUAAAGCAAAAUCCAACACUUGCCGAAGCUUAUAGUAAUUUAGGUAACGUUUACAAGGAACGUGGUCAAUUACAGGAAGCACUGGAAAACUACCGACGUGCCGUUCGCUUAAAACCAGACUUUAUAGAUGGUUAUAUCAAUUUAGCUGCUGCAUUGGUGGCAGCACGCGAUAUGGAAUCAGCAGUGCAAGCUUAUAUCACAGCAUUGCAAUAUAAUCCGGACUUGUACUGCGUUCGAAGCGAUCUUGGUAAUUUAUUAAAGGCGCUUGGCAGAUUAGAGGAAGCAAAGGCGUGUUAUUUAAAAGCGAUUGAAACUUGCCCUGGAUUCGCGGUAGCAUGGAGUAAUUUGGGUUGCGUUUUUAAUGCACAAGGAGAGAUUUGGUUGGCUAUACAUCACUUUGAGAAAGCUGUUGCUCUUGAUCCAAAUUUUCUUGAUGCAUAUAUUAAUUUAGGCAAUGUUCUUAAGGAAGCACGAAUUUUUGACAGAGCUGUUGCAGCUUACCUUCGGGCACUAAAUUUGGCACCCAACAAUGCUGUUGUACAUGGAAACUUAGCAUGUGUAUAUUAUGAACAAGGACUUAUUGAUUUAGCCAUUGAUACCUACAGGCGAGCUAUUGAAUUACAACCAAAUUUCCCUGAUGCAUACUGCAAUUUGGCAAAUGCAUUAAAAGAAAAAGGACAGGUAAAAGAAGCUGAGGAAUGUUAUAAUACAGCGCUUCGUUUAUAUCCAAAUCAUGCAGAUUCACUAAAUAAUUUAGCUAACAUAAAGAGAGAGCAAGGUCUCAUUGAAGAAGCUACGCGACUUUAUUUAAAGGCAUUGGAAGUGUUUCCAGAUUUUGCAGCAGCUCAUUCCAAUUUAGCAUCAGUACUACAACAACAAGGUAAACUAAAAGAAGCAUUGAUGCAUUAUAAAGAAGCAAUUCGCAUUCAACCAACAUUUGCGGAUGCCUACUCGAAUAUGGGAAAUACUCUUAAAGAAUUACAGGAUGUUACAGGUGCAUUGCAAUGCUAUACAAGAGCAAUACAAAUUAAUCCUGCUUUCGCAGAUGCACACAGCAAUUUGGCAAGCAUACAUAAGGACUCUGGAAACAUUCCUGAAGCUAUACAAUCGUAUCGAACUGCAUUAAAAUUGAAACCAGAUUUUCCAGAUGCCUAUUGUAACUUAGCACAUUGUUUACAAAUUGUUUGUGAUUGGACUGAUUAUGAAGCACGUAUGAAGAAACUUGUUAGCAUUGUUGCAGAGCAAUUAGAAAAGAAUCGUUUACCUUCGGUACAUCCUCACCAUUCAAUGCUUUAUCCUUUAUCUCAUGAUUUUCGUAAAGCAAUUGCUACACGUCAUGCAAACUUAUGUUUAGAAAAAAUUAAUGUACUUCAUAAACCACCAUAUAAAUUUUCACGUGAUAUACCUGCUGGUGGUCGUUUAAAAAUCGGUUAUGUUAGUUCCGAUUUUGGCAACCACCCUACUUCACAUUUAAUGCAAUCUGUCCCAGGUUUACAUAAUCGUAAAAAUGUGGAAAUAUUUUGUUAUGCACUAAGUCCAGAUGAUGGAACGAGUUUUCGACAGAAGAUAGCACGUGAGGCUGAGCACUUUAUUGAUUUAUCGCAAAUUCCUUGCAAUGGUAAAGCUGCUGAUAGUAUAUAUGAGGAUGGUAUACACAUUUUAGUAAAUAUGAACGGUUAUACAAAAGGAGCACGUAAUGAGAUUUUUGCAUUACGUCCAGCUCCCGUACAGGUUAUGUGGCUUGGUUAUCCAGGUACUAGUGGUGCAAGUUUUAUGGAUUACAUUAUAACAGAUGCUGUAACCAGUCCUUUAGAACUAUGCAAUCAAUACAGUGAGAAAUUAGCUUAUAUGCCUUAUACAUAUUUUAUUGGUGAUCACAAACAAAUGUUUCCACAUUUGAAAGAACGCAUCAUAGUUGCUGAUAAACAGAAUGCAACUGUUGCUGACAAUGUGACCGUUAUCAAUGCAGCUGAUUUAUCACCCCUUGUAGAAAAUACUGAUGUAAAAGAGAUUCGAGAAGUAGUUAAUGUUCAAAAACCAGUUGAGAUAACACAUAAAGUUGCUGAGUUACCAAAUACUACGCAAAUUGUUUCAAUGAUUGCUUCUGGACAAGUACAAACUUCUUUAAAUGGUAUUGUAGUUCAAAAUGGAUUAGCUACCACUCAAACAAAUAAUAAAGCUGCUACGGGUGAAGAAGUGCCACAAAAUAUUGUACUUACUACUCGGCGGCAGUAUAUGCUUCCAGACGAUGCAAUAGUAUAUUGUAACUUCAAUCAACUUUACAAAAUUGAUCCGCAAACACUACAGACAUGGGUUAUUAUAUUAAAGCGCGUACCGAAUUCCGUGUUGUGGCUUUUACGAUUUCCUGCAGUAGGAGAGCAAAAUAUAAAGAAAUCUGUUGAUAACUUAGGCAUUUCACCAGAUCGUAUAAUAUUUUCAAAUGUUGCUGCCAAAGAAGAACAUGUACGAAGAGGUCAACUAGCUGAUGUUUGUUUGGAUACACCACUUUGCAAUGGACACACAACUUCAAUGGACGUUUUAUGGACAGGAACACCUGUAGUAACUUUACCCGGUGAAACGUUAGCUUCAAGAGUGGCAGCUUCACAAUUAGCUACUUUAGGAUGUCCAGAACUAAUAGCACGAACAAAACAAGAAUAUCAGGAUAUAGCAAUUCGUUUAGGUACUGACCGAGAAUAUUUAAAGGCGAUGCGUGCGAAAGUUUGGGAAGCGCGAGUGCAAAGUCCAUUAUUCGAUUGUUCACAAUAUUCUAACAGCCUGGAAGUACUAUUUUCACGUAUGUGGGAGAAGUUUUCGAACAACGAAGAACCCGAUCAUAUUUCAACAAAUAAAUAAAUAUACUUUCUCAACUUAAACAAGUAUAUUUAAUGAAAUAUGAACAACAGUACUUCAAAGGAUAUACUUUUAAAAUUUUAUUUUGUUCUACUCUAACAGUUAGCUAAAAUUUAAAUAUUA